AGGAUACAUAGAAUAUCACAACUGAUUAUAGAGUUCUUCGUGUACAAGUCAAUAGAUUGGAUUUGUAUAGUUUGCGCAGAGAUUUUCAUAGAGUCUAUCAUCUCCGAAAGUAAUUUGGGUGAUCAUAAUUUUCGUUAUCUGUGUGCCACUGAAUAGAGAGAACAUAAAAACAGUCGAAAAUGUUACCGAAUAAUCAGGCAAAUUCGGGACAGUUAUUGAAUGCUCUAGUUAUGAUGAUGAAUAAUAACAAUGGCAACAAUAACAACAAUAAUAAUAAUGGUAAUAAUUCAAUGAAUGAGAUCAAUUCGCUUCUCAACAUGAUGAAGAACAAUAGUAAUAGUAAUAACAACAUGAAUAGUAUAAUCAAUCUCUUCCAACAACAACAACAAAUGCAAAACAACCAACCAUCACCCUCUAACAAUAAUAAUCAGCAAGCAAUGGGUAUUUUCAACAACCUGAUGAAUCUUAUUCAACAAAACCAACAACAAAACAAUACAAAUCAACAACAAAACAUGCUACAACAAUUGUUAAAUCAACAAAAUUCAAAUCAACAAGUAAUCCAAGUAUCCUCACCACCCAUGAAUAAUCAAUUUUCGAAUAUGGUCGUAAAUCAACUUUCAAAUAACAAUAACUUGCAACAAAUUUCUCCCAACUCUUCAAGCAUCUUGCAGAUACAACAACCUACACAAUCACCAGUUUCUACAUCCUCUAGUUCCACUAACAAUGCAGGACAGGCUGGAUUGGGGCAAAGUUCCAUAACAGAGUCCACAGCUCAAACAUUUAUUAGUAAGAGUAACACCAUGGGAUCAAGCAUCAAACAAUUCUUUAAUAAUCCAAUUUUAAGUGAUGUGACGUUUAUUAUUCAAGGAAAGAAGUUUUAUGCUCACAAAUUAAUUUUAUGUGCUAGGAGUAAUUAUUUCAAUCAACUAAUUCUCGUCAAAUGUUCCAAUACAUCCAUUUUGGAAAUUGAGAUUCAAGAUGCAUCUGCUGAUAUUUUCUAUAAUAUUUUGGAAUUUGUUUAUACUGACUGUACCAUUCUAAGAUCUGACAAGAUUUGGGAUCUUUAUCAAGCAGCUAAAUUCUAUCAGCUGAGUGCACUUCUCAGUCAAUGCCAAGAAUUUAUUAUUGGAACUCUUUCUGUGGAUAACGUUUUUCAACAAUGGGCCAAAGCUCAACAAUACGGAACAGCAGUUGUUGCAGAACAUUGCUUACUUUUUGCCAAGUCUAAAUAUGAACAAGUUCUAAAAAUGCUAGAUCUCUACAAUAAUAUCAACAUUUCCAGCAAUCCUGAUAUUAUUUCAAGAGCAAUUCAAAGUCAACAACAAAUGAUGGGCUCAAUGCUGCCACCAUCCGCUACUUCCACUUCUCAACCUUCAACACCAAAUAGUACAAAUGGUUCUGCUAAUGGCACUCCAAAGGGUGAUAUUUAUCAAUCCCUUACUGCCUUUACAUUCCCACCACCUAAAAAGGACGAAGAAACUCUUAACACCUACAAAUUCCCACCUCAAAAAGAAGUAUCCAGCAGUGACCCAGAAACAACCUCCAAUACAGAAGAAAAGGACAGACACGAAUUGACCCAAACCUUUGAAUUGUGGGGUGAAGAGAAUACUCCACCAGCUGCCUUCCCAACCAGGUAUGCUAUGGAUAUGUAUCCUUCAUUCUUUAGAAUUGAGCCUCAAGAAAAGGUUGCAUCCUCAUCAACAACUCCAGUUGUUGAAAAUAGUGCUGAAAAUGGAGGAGAUAACAACAAUACCCAAAAGAAAGAAAACCAUGUUAAAAUUGGAGAGUCAACAACAGAGAAGGGUUGUGUCUAUAGACGUUUAUCUGUUCUAAGACAGGACUUGCACUCGGUUGGAGUUUUCUUCCAACACAUAAUCUCAUGUAUUACCAGAAUGUUACAUGCAGAAAGAACAACAUUAUUCAUGUACGAUAGACAAACAGACGAGCUCAUUUCACAAGUUGCAAUUGGCGAAGAUGAAAUUAGAAUUCCUUCUGACAGAGGGAUUGCAGGAUCAUGCUUCCAAAGUGGAAAGAGUGUGAAUAUACCUGAUGUGAGGAGUAAUUCUAAAUUUGCACCAGAAGUGGACAAAACAACAGGAUUUUCAACAAAGAGUGUUAUUUGUUCUCCAAUAGUUGGAAGUGGAAACCAAUUUGUAGGAGUUUUAGAAGUUUUGAACAAGCAUACAGGUAACUUUAGUGAGCGAGAUGAACAAAUUUUGAGCUUUGUUUGUGACUUGCUCUCUAUUUUCGUCCAAGAACAAAAAUUGGAUGAAAUUGAGAAUAUUCACAAAACCUCAAUUCUCUUACAACCUUCCUCAUACAGAAGAAAAUCCGUUGCUCCAGUCACUAUGGCUAGAAAGGCGUCACAUAGAAUGUCAAUUUCUGUUGAUGAUUCAUUUGCUCUUCUUUUUGAUGAUGGAGAUUUCAAUUUCGAUCUUGUCAAUCCUGAUGAACAACCACACUCCUUACUCUCAGUUAAUAAUGACAUUGCCAACUCCCUUGUAGGACCAAAUAUUGAUCCACUCUGGAACUAUGUUCAAAAUAAUGAUGUUAAUUCCAAUUUGACCUCAUCUUUUGUGAGUAUGAAUGCACAACCAAUGUCCAAUUUUGGUAGUAGCAGUAGUAUAGUUGCCUCAGGACAAGUUGAUAACAUUACUGAUACGAAUGUCAAAUCAGAAACCAAAUCUGUAACACCUCCUCUUACCACUACUACUCAACCAGUGGAAAAGAAGAGAAAACGAAACCAAAAUAACAAUUCAACAAAUAACAAAGCUGCUAAUGCUGGAAUGCCAUUUAUGCAUUUCAGAAUUCCUAGGUAUGAAUUACAAUUCAUUCAAUUUGAUGCUGGUGGUGUAAAGAAGAAGAAAAAGACCUAAAUAAAAAGUGCGUGUUAAUUUA